AUGUCCGAGACCAGCGAGCUUAGGAAAUCUGUUGUGGUCGCGUCGGCUGAGAAAACAGCAAACGUCGCAGAUACACAAAGAGCACACUAUUCUCCGCCGUGGGCCGAUUUGAGCAUCAUCGGGAUAGCUGGCUCCUCAGGGUCGGGGAAGACAAGUCUUGCUAUCGAGAUUGUGGAAUCCCUGAACCUGCCUUGGGUCAUCAUUUUGUCGAUCGACUCGUUCUACAAAUCCUUGACACCGGAGCAGAAUGCUGCAGCCCACCGGAAUGAGUACGACCUGGACUCUCCAGACUCGAUAGAUUUCGAUCUUCUUGUUGAGAAGUUGCGGGACCUGAAACAAGGGAAGAGAACCGAUAUCCCCAUCUACUCAUUCCAAGAACAUCAAAGGCUUGACAAGACUCUGUCGAUUUAUUCACCUCAUGUCAUCAUUCUUGAAGGCAUCCUAGCUUUGCAUGAUCCCAGGGUCCUGGAAAUGCUGGAUAUGAAGAUCUAUGUGGAGGCCGAUGCAGAUGUCUGUUUGUCGAGGCGAAUUGUGCGCGAUGUCCGAGAACGUGGUCGGACCAUUGAGGGCACUAUCAAGCAGUGGUUUGGCUAUGUCAAGCCGGUCUUUCAACGCUAUGUAGAACCUCAGAAACAAGCUGCCGACCUCAUCGUGCCACGAGGAAUGCACAAUAAAACGGCAAUUGUAAUGAUCGCCAAUCAGACACGACAGAUUUUGAAAGAAAAAUCCAUCAGACACAAGGCCGAACUGGAGAGGCUAGGCCAGCAGCUGGAAGACUAUACCCUUUCAGAAAACGCCAUCAUCCUCGCUGGAAAGUCACAAAUAACCGGGGUCUCGACGAUUCUGCGAAGCCCACUAACUUCACAGAUCGAUUUUAUCUUCUACUUCGACCGACUAACUGCAUUGUUGAUUGAAAAGGCCUUGGAUUGUCACAACUAUGUCUCUACUGAUGUCACAACCCCCCAAGGCUACAGAUACUCUGGACUGAAAUCGGCCGGAAAAGUCUCGGCGGUCGUCAUCCUACGGGGAGGAAGCUGCAUGGAGACCGGACUGAAAAGAACGAUCCCAGAUUGUUUGACUGGCCGACUUCUGAUACAAUCCAAUUAUCGUACCGGGGAGCCCGAACUUCACUAUCUGAAGCUGUUCCCGGAUCUGGAAGAGCAUGAAACAGUCAUGUUGCUGGAUCCACAGAUGUCCAGCGGUGGUGCGGCUUUGAUGGCUGUGAAGGUUCUGGUCGACCAUGGUGUCGCCGAGAAGAGGAUUGUCUUCGUCACCUGCCUCGCAGGCAGACGCGGCUUGAAGAGACUGAUGACAGUGUUCCCCAAGAUCAAAGUUGUCGCUGCAAAUGUUGUGGAAGAUAAUGAGAAGCGCUGGAUCGAAGAAAGGUAUUUCGGCUGUUAG